GCUUGGGCGGCGGCGACGGCGCCAGGAUGGCGUACCGGACCUUCCGCCAGGAGUACCUGCAUAUGCCUGUUGUCACCCGGGCCUACACCACCGCGUGUGUCCUCACGACCGCCGCCGUGCAAUUAGAAUUAAUCACACCAUUUCAGCUAUACUUCAACCCAGAAUUAAUAUUUAAAAACUAUCAAGUAUGGAGGCUGAUUACCAACUACCUUUUCUUCGGACCAGUUGGAUUUAAUUUUUUAUUUAAUAUGAUAUUUUUAUACCGCUACUGCCGAAUGCUUGAGGAAGGAUCAUUCCGAGGUCGGACGGCAGACUUUGUAUUUAUGUUCUUUUUCGGUGGUCUGUUAAUGACUAUAUUUGGCUUGUUUGUCAACUUGGUUUUCUUAGGACAAGCAUUCACAAUAAUGCUGGUGUACAUCUGGAGCCGCCGGAACCCUUUUGUCCGCAUGAAUUUCUUUGGGCUUCUCAUCUUCCAGGCCCCGUUUCUUCCAUGGAUUCUCAUGGGGUUUUCACUGUUAUUGGGCAACUCUAUUAUCGUGGAUCUCCUGGGUAUUGCUGUUGGCCAUAUAUAUUUCUUCUUAGAAGAUGUUUUCCCCAAUCAGCCUGGUGGAGGAAGGCUGCUUAAAACACCAUCUAUUCUGAAAGUAAUAUUUGAUUCUCCAGAAGAUGACCCCAAUUACAACCCUCUGCCUGAAGAACGGCCAGGCGGCUUUGCCUGGGGUGAAGGUCAGCGCCUUGGAGGAUGAGCAGAGAAGGUUUCGCUGAUUGCCAGAUGCCUCUGUAAGAGACUAAGCUAGAGAACCGUGCUGGAGACCCUUGUGGAAGGAACAGAGGUUUUCUGAUGGCUUUUCUGGUCUGAACAUAUGAAGCACUUUUUUUAUUUAAACAAAAAAGUGUUCUUAUUGUAAGACAUUCUUCUUCACACACUCAUACUCUUGGGGACUUUUGCUGCAUUGGCUGGUUCUGGAAUGAAUUAUCUGAACGGACCUAAGAAUAACUGGAAAUGCACCUCCUUAUCGAUCCCCAAGUUAAUGAGACCAUCUGUAGUUUGUGUAAAAAAAAAAUAUUUCUAAGACUUUUUUUCCCAAACUGUAUUUGAUAUAAGAGACUGAAUGGAAAACUUCAGAAGGGGAAUAAACUUUUUGAUAGAUUCAUA